GUUGACGACACGCUCCCGCUCAAGCGGUGCUGUUGCCAUAGCGAUGGACAGAGACCAAUGGGGACAGACAGUCACACGUUUCCAGGCGCGUGCUCGAGGCUACCUGCUGAGGACGGAGCUGUGUCGCGCACGGGCGGACUUCGAGGCGGUGGUGGAGGAGCUGGAUGGAGGCCUGAGCCACCUGAGCUGGGAGGAGGCUGUGGUCCACGUCCCGCGCUUCCCUCAGCCCCGCCCACUCCCACCGCCUCCACCCGUCAGCACAGCGUCUCCGUCACUGGACGGACGGCAGCAGGCGGAGGCAGCCAGGACGCCCCAUGAGGGGAGGACCCCGUGGACCAGACCAGAUCCAGGUCCAGGUCCAGGUCCAGGUCCAGACCUGUGUGAUCACGCUCAGAAAGCUCCUCAGCAGGAGGAGCCUCAGACCCCCCAGACCCCCCGGACCCCCCGGACCCCCCAGACCCCCCAGACCCCCCGGACCCCCCAGACCCCCCGGACCCCCGGGGCCCUGCGGCUGCACAGGAACACUCUGACCAUGGAGCUGGUCUGGAUCCAGCAGGCCAUCGACAGCAGGAAGAAGGUGAGACAGCAGGGACAGCCUGCUGCUGCCUGUCCAUUCCGUCCCGCCCUGUCCUGUCUGUCUCACAGAUGUCUGUGUGCUCUCCUCUGCAGUACCUGUCUCUGAGGGACAGGCUGAGUGUCUCCUGACAGGCUGAGCGGGGGACAUGGGGGGCUGGUGUGUGUGGAGUGGGUGAAUCUGAAUGUUCU